AAACAUUAAUCUUUAGACAUCGUUUUAAUAAUUUUUAUAAAUAUUGAUAAUUUUUAUUUAAACCUUUUCGUAUAUUACUUGUUUUAAUCAUAAAACUAAAAAUAAGUGAUUCUUAUAGAGUUUAUGUAAGAAUCAGUUUUCUAUUUUCUAAAAAUUAAUGUACGCAUUUUAUUAUUUUUUUCAAUAACGCUGCGCUUACUUCGUGUUGCAAGAAUAACUGUCAUUGCGAUUGUAUUUUGAGCUGUCAAAUUUAUAUAGAUGGUUAUUGUUGUAAUAUAUUUUUUAAAGGUAAAAAAUAAGUCAUAGCGCGCGUGAAGCACGCGUCUGUGGUGUCUAGUUGUAUUAAAUUAAAAAUUAAAAUUUUUGCUUGUCGAAUAUUACAUUCUGAAGUUACUUGUUUUGCAAUCAAAUGUUUAACACUGUGCACGAAAAAUUUUUUAAUAAGCCGUUAUGAUUACAGUCAAGAUGGAAACGCUCUUAAAGGAAUUGGCAGUAGAACUAUAUGAUAUUCGUGCCAUAAAAUUCGGAGAAUUUAAGACAAAAAUCGGCUUAACUACACCGAUAUAUUUUGACUUGCGUAUAAUAAUUUCUUAUCCGAAAUUAAUGCUGAAGUUGUCAAAAGCUUUAUGGACAUUGGUAGACAACCCUACCAAAGUGUCCCGAAUCUGUGGUGUGCCAUAUACAGCACUACCAUUAACCACCUUAAUAUCAGCGCAGGAAGAGAUUCCCAUGUUAAUGAAGAGAAAAGAAGCAAAGUCAUAUGGUACCAAGAAAUUAAUAGAGGGUAUCUUUUCACCUGGCGAAUACUGCAUAAUCAUCGAGGAUAUUAUUACAAGUGGUAGCAGCAUUUUAGAGACUGUCGAUGCCUUGAAGAAGGAAAACCUGAAUGUGAGGGAGGCCUAUGUGAUUAUCGAUAGAGAACAAGGUGGUAGAAAGAAUCUCGAAAAUCAUGGGAUCAAAGUUAAGAGUCUCUUUGUGAUAACGCAAUUCAUGAAGUAUCUUCUCGAGGCUGGAAAGGUUACGUCUGAAAUAGUCGAAGACGUUAGUAAUUAUUUGGCAACGAAUCGGGCACCAAGCAUUUCCGUUCAAGCUGUGCCAGAUGGUAGAUUGAAACUGCCAUAUGGUAAACGCGCCAAGCUAACGACGAAUCCAUUGGCCUUUGAGCUGCUUGAGCUAAUGGAAUCGAAACAAACUAAUCUCUGCUUGGCGGCCGAUUUAAAGAAAACGGACGCAAUUUUGGAAUUGGCAAACAUAGCAGGGCCUCAUAUCGCAGUUCUAAAGACUCAUGUGGAUGUCGUAGAGGAUUUCAGUGAGAGCUUCGUUCUUCGGCUUAAAGAAUUAGCAACGCAGCACAAAUUUCUGUUGAUGGAAGAUCGUAAAUUUGGCGAUAUCGGCAAUACGGUAUCAUUACAGUACAGGCAUGGCCUGUACAAGAUUGCCGAAUGGGCCGAUUUGAUCACGGUGCAUCCGGUAUCGGGCGCAUCUGUUAUCAACGCGCUUAAAAAAAGUCGGGAGAACAUCACCGAGCCGCGCGGCAUUUUCCUUGUCGCCGAGAUGUCGAGCAAAGGUGCACUGACUACCGGUGAUUAUCUGAAGAGCGCGGUCUUGAUGGCGGAGGAAGCUUCUGAUCUGGUGGUAGGUCUCGUGUGUCAAUCUAAUCUCACAGCGCAACCCAGACUAGUUCAGUUAACGCCUGGUGUCAAACUGUCUAAGAGCGGUGACAAUCUAGAUCAGCAAUACAACGAUCCGCGAUCGGUUAUCAAUGCUGGUGCCGAUUUGGCAGUCGUCGGUAGAGGUAUCACGGAAUCGCCUCAUGGUUAUUUAAAGGCCAUUUUAGAAUAUAAAAGACAACUAUGGAACGCGUACGAGGAACGAAUAAACAUAAUCAAUUAGUUUUUAUAAAUACUUUUUUAUUAAAAUAAAAAUAUAAUACAUUGUAUAUUAUGAUAAAAUUUUAUUGUAUGCUUUUAAACUUUGUAGUGUAUAUUAAGUAAUGUAUAUUAAUUAGCUAGUAUUUAUAUCAUUAAUAUUAUAUUAUCAGAUGCAUUAAAUAAGCAGUAAUAAAAAA